AUGCACACCUCGAUCCAGCGAAUCCAGCAAACGUUCAGCCAGGCGUCGACGGUUCUCUCCAUCAUCGCAGCCAUUGUCUUUGUGGUCUCGUAUAUCCAGUUGGUGGUCGCCAACGUGUGGUCUCUUCCUGAAGCCAACUUCAACCUCAGAGGCUCCAAGGCUGCACGGCGAUUCUCUCGUCAGUACGGAGCCAACGACCCCAAGAAAGGCAAGGAGAAUGUGGCGCUCAAGUUCGAUCUGGACGCGGACCUGUCGCCUCUCUUCAACUGGAACACAAAGCUGGUGUUCGCCUACCUGACAGCCACCUACGACGGCAAGCGAGACGACAUUGUCAACGAAAUCACCAUCUGGGACCAGAUCAUCACCGACAAAGACGACUCGCACAUCAAGCUCAAGGGCGCCAACUCCAAGUACUCGCUGUACGACGUGGAGGAGUCGUUCCGAAACAGAAACGCGACCGUCAAGCUGCACUGGAACAUCCAGCCCCAUGUGGGCGCCAAGAUCUACGGCUCUCUGGACGCCACCAAGGGCUCCAUCAAGUUUCCCCAGUUGGUUUAA